GAAAGCUCUAUUAUUAUUGCCUAGUUGCUCGAGUCAUAUCUAAGAUAACUGCGCACCGACAAAAUGAGCCAACUCAACCCAGGUCUUCUUGCAGCUUACAACAGUUUAACAGACAAACAUCUGACUGGAUAUUUCAACAAUGCAAGAAUACGAAGACAUCUUCAAAAAGUUGGACUGAUCACCCGGAGUGGACGGAUUGUUUCAGAUAAGGAGUACAAGCACAAGUUGAUUCAUAGAGUGCAUCAGAGACAUAUGAGAGAGUGUCUGGCUCAGGCCAUCUUCCACAAGGUGCUAGACAUAGAGCGCCUUCAUCAAACCGAGAUCAAGAGAAAACUUGAGGAAUUUGCACGGAGGGAACGAAUCUAUAAAAUAAAGGUUGAGCGCUCCAAGAGAUAUGAGGAUGAACCAUUGCUAAUGCUGUCGCCUCGGCCACCCACGGGGCCAAAGAUCUCACACACACGGCAUUCUGGACCGGAGGGAGAGAACUCUGAAUCAACGGAAUCUCCGGGUUCCUCCAGGCCCAAUACAGCUCCAGGGAAGAAGCAGAGGCCCAUUCGACUCAAGCCCCUGAACAGUAACAGUGCCAUGGCCUCUUUGAAGAGAACCUCCCCUCGAUACAGACACCGAGAUCGAGACUCAUCCAAUGACACCGAUCAGCCCCUUAGUUAUACGCUGGACAGAGACAAUAUGAGACAUUUGACUGUGACAGAUGUCUCUAGUACUGUCUCGCCCUAUCGUCUUCCUGUCAUUAACAACUAUGUGACCCCUGUGCCACCCCUCACAAAGAAGAAAGAGAGAGGGCCAAGAGCGAAUGGUACACUGAGGGGUCGAAAGUUAAGACCCACUACGGCGCCAUCAGCUGCUACAGAGCCAUCCACUCUCCAGAGGACAUCCGCCCAAAGUAGAGUGUCAGUUGGAAUGAUUUACUUUGGAAAGAGUGUCCACCUGUCCCAUGAUCUGAUGGACCUCAGGGAUGAGGUGAAGGUCUUCCAGCAGCAUUGUGGGGGAGAGAACCUCUGUGUCUACAAAGGGACGCUAAAAGAGGGAGAAAUAUUCCAAUUUGUGUCAAGACGUCACCAAGGAUUUCCUUUCAGUCUUACAUUCUUCCUGAACGGCCUGCAAGUUGAUCGGCUCAGCUCUUGCUGUGAGUUUAAACACAGGAAAGGUGCUCGACUCGGGGGCCGAUAUGGACACUUUGGAUUUUGCGGUGUGGAGGGAGCCUCUCCUUGCUACAAGUGUAUUAUUGCCAUGGGUUUGGACAAAAAACCCACCCCUCCUCCAAAAAGAAUUAAAGAGGAGCUGCCCACCUCUAAACCCUCUGAUGCUAAGGAGGCUACAGAUGAAGAUGAGGCCAUAGACACACAUUCUAAUGUGGAACCUGAUGCACCUCAGGAAAUGGAGACAGAGCCCAAUGGAGAAACAACAGGACAAAAGAAGUCCAAAGACGAGUAUGAGGAAGACUUCGAGGCAGAUGAUGAAGGGCCAGUUGAAGAUGGUGAUGAAGCUGAGGAAAAGCCAUAUUCUGCUGCCAGUGAUGGAGAAAAAGAAAGUGAGGCCAGAGAUGAAAAUGAAAAUGACGUAAAUAAAAAGCACAGUGAUUCCGACAGUGAAGCUGAGGAUGCAAAUAUGUCUAAGGUCAAAAAGUCAUCAUCUGUCUCAUCUGGUCACACGUCCAGCUUAUCGAGCAAUGACAAUGAAAACAGCGAGAGAGAAAUAGAAGAGGAGAACGAAGAAGUCACUUCUGCUAAUGUUCAAGAGGAGCACUUACACGCUGAACCAGAUGAAGACCUCACCACUGCACAGAUCACAGCUGAGACCAAAAGGGAGCAGACCGACAUCACAGAGAGCAGCUUUGUUACAUUGCCUCAAGCUGCAGAAGAGGACUCUGGGACACAGGAUGGUCCAGGGGAUGGCACAGAGAAGACCGACCUGGAAAUGUCAGAAGAUACAGAGAAGAAAAAGGGAACUGAAGGAGAGGAGGCUGGGGAGGAAGCAAAAUCUGAAGAUAUGCAACAAGAGACCAAACCGGAGAGAGCCAAGUCAAUGCAGCAGAAGUUGGCUGAAGCGAUUUUGAAGGAAUCUCAAUUUAGUUCAGAGCCAGAACUUAGUGAUACAAGCACAGAAGAGGACGAAGGCACCUCGGUGAAGACCCAGCAAGAUAGCCAAGGAGCUGAAACUGAGAGUGCAGUUGGUUUCACUUCACUGCAACCUUUAAACACAAAGGAAGAUAUUCCAGAGGAAACUGAAGUCAACACACAGAAGACUGCAUGUGAGGAAACUGCCCAUGGUUAUGUCGAGGCAGGGCAGUUUGCAGAGGAAACAAACACACAGGAGACUUAUGCCCAGAAAGAGGAGAAAAUAGAAGAAAUUGAGAAGAAUCAGGAGGUGAAAGCAAGUUUAGACGUGGAGGAAAAGGAGGAAGAGCAAAGUGAGAAGACAAAUGAAGUUGAAGCACAAGAUGACAAAGAGGAAGAACAGAUUGAAAGUGAGAGUGCUAACCAGGGCAUACAGGAGAAAACAAAAGAUGAGGACAAAGCAAAUGAGGCUGCAGAGGUCAAUACAGAGUCUAAAGAUGAAGACAUAUCCAAAUCAAAAGAACCAGAAACACUUGCUGAAACACUGGACUCCAGAAAGCAAGGCAGUGAAAACACAACAGUGAUGGGGAACGAGGUUCCAGAGACAGACAAAGAGUCUGCAAUUGAGAAAGAGGGUUUGGUAUCUCAUUCUGAGAAUGAUACAGCAACAGGUGCAGGUGAAACUGAGAGACAGGGAGAUGCUGAUGACGUAGAUCAGAACAUAGAGUGGGGGGGAGAUGGACAGCCAGACAGAGAUGAAAGAGACCAAGCAGAUGAGGCUGGUGAUGAUAGGUCAUCUGGAGAAAAGGUCCAGGAAACAGAUGGCAAGGUGGAUGAUGGGGAGUUGGUUAGUAAGGAGGAUGGAGUGAAAUAUAAUCAACAGGAAGAUAAGACAAAGGAUGGGGUAGAGAAUGUGGAGGAAAACAAGGUAGAAAUGGAUGAAAUUGUAGAAAAUCUGGAGAGUGAGGUUCGAAAUGAAUAUCCAGGGACAGAGGAGAAAGGAAAAGAAAUGGAUGGAGAGAUUCAAGCUGGCAAAAAAGAAAAUAAGUUAGAGGGUGGUGAUGAUUCAAAGGUAGAAGAUGAAGAAAAAGAGGACAGUGCAGAGAGAGAAGAGGAUGGUGUGAAUGUUGGACAGCAAGAAAGAGAAGAUGGAGGACCAUUUGGUGACUCUGGACAUACAGAAUAUGAGUUAGAUUUUAAGGUAAAUGACACAGAAAAACAGGGUGAUGCAGAGAGAGAGGAAGAUGGUGAGAAUGAUCAACAGAAAGAAGAAGAACAGGUUAGUGACAACCAUAGUAUAGUGCCUGAAGAAAAAGUCCAAGAGAACAAACAGAAUGAUAAGGAUGAGAUUGUAGAAGAAACUGGGAAAGCAAAAGAUAAGGAGACAGAAGACGGGAACAAGGAAGAGGAAAAAGGGGCUGAGGUUGAGAAUGAAAAACAGAAUGAGAUGGUAGAAGAAGUAGAUGACAGCUGUGCAGAGAAUGAGGCAGAAGACAGGGAGCACAAAAAUGAGUUCAAAACAGGUGAAAGGUUAGUUGAAGACUUGAAAUGUGAGGAAGAUGAGGCAGUGAAAAAGUUGGCAGAAACGAAUGACAUUAGUGAGAAAGCAACGGAGAAGGAGGGAGAUGAGGAGGCCAUUUCAGGCAAAAAUAUAGCACAGAAACCAGAAGACGACUUGACUGAGGACCAAAAUGAGGAAACUGUUUCACAGGAACAACAAAGGGAAAUGGGUUCCAGCAGCGCUACAAAAGAUGACAUGGAGCCUAUUAUUAAAGAGGAGGAGUGUGAACCUCUUCCUACUGAGGUGAAUAAUGACCUACUGGCAAGUAAUAUAGAUGCUGAAAAUGGAGAACUAAGUAAUGAGAGUCAUGAGGAGGUUGAGAAGGUGGAGGAACAUCUCCAAGAUAAGGAGACUCUCAAAUCAGAGACAGAUAAAGAAGUACCAGAGGAGGAAAAUGAUGAUGAUAAAGAGCAGGAGAUAGAAAACAAAUAUAUAACUAAUGUUGAAGUUGUUCCUUCAGAGAGAGACUCUCAGUUGAGUGCUGAACAAAAAUCAGACAAAGUGGAUGAUAAAUCUAUGGCAGAAGAGGCUGAUAAAGAAUCUGAAACCUCUGCAACAACAUUCAUUGAAAAUCUAGUCCCUGAGGAAACAUUAAACUUGCACGACAUACAGGAGGUGGCCAAUAAGGAUACAGAAAGUGAGAUAAUUGUCACAGAAGAAACAGAAGUCACUACAGAGGAACCAAAUGAUAUAGAGUCCGAACCGAAAGGAGCCAACAAUGGACCGAGAAGUAGAGAUGCUCCAGAAGGAAAGGACGGCGAAGCGGAGAAACCUUCAAAGAAGGAAAGGAACUCUCUCAAAGAAGAAGAGAGAGGCUCAUCCAUUUCCCAUUCGGUGGAAUCACAGCCUGUGGAGAAAUUGUUGGCACUCAAAAAAGAAGAGAAGGAUCUAAUUCUGAGUGUGGAUUCAGAAGAUAAAGCCAUUCGUCCAGCAGCUUUAGAAAACGAAAUUGGGGUAGAUCUUGUGAGUAACUGGAUUAACAUACACCAAGCGUCUAGGUACUUUGAGACAUUCACCGAGCCACUUGAUGACAUAAAAGAGGGGCUUAUCUCAGAUGAAACCGAGAAGAGGUUAAAGGAUGAAGUAUUAGAUGCUACAGAUACAGCACCAAGUACUGAUUUUGGGAGCCUAGAUGAAACAUUCAAGAGUGGAGAUGAAAUUAAAACUCCACCCAGGAAUGAACUCAAUGAGAACACAGAGCCUGAAACUCUGGUCGAAAGCUUCAAAGAUGAAGUUUUAGAAGCAGAUGCUCAUAGCAAUAACUCCAAAGACAGUAUACAUGGCCCAACCAAAGAUGAAGUGGUCAAGGAGGGUGGUAACAUAAGAGGUUCUUUGGUAACCACAUGGUCUAGACAGAGUAAUGAUGAUGACACUAAUCAAAAAGAGAUGGUCAUACAAGAAGCUGCUUUGACAAAUGAUGUUGUAAACCUGGUACCAUCAGCAGAUACGACAGACAACAUUCAAGACGGAGACCCCUCGGAAACCAAACAAGAUCUUCCUAGAAAUUUCGAUGGGUCAGAACAAAAUAAGCAAGAUGAAAUCACAUAUUUGUCCUCUAUUUCCCAAACCAAUGAAGAAGCAGAGACCGGGGAGGGUUCGGAACAUAAUUUGAAAUCUGUGCGUGUACCUCAGUCAGAGUAUAUUGAGCCACAGAGUCCAACAAUCACAGAUAUUACUGACCACACAGUCGUCAAUAAAUCUGAAAAUGGGAGCCAAGAUGACACAUCAAGUGUAGACUUACAUUCCAAACAGUCGGAUGGUAGUAGAAAUGCAGAUGGAAACAGGAGAACUAAAGAAAUUGAUGGCAAUUUCAAACAGACUCAUAAUAGAGACUCUUUAAGCACUUUCUCAUUGGAUGACUCCAGGUUUUUUGGGCCCACGGGAUAUCCGAGAUUAACCAUGGCUCACACAGACAACAGUUAUUAAUAUGUAGACACAAUACUCACAGGUACGUCAUCAGUGAUAUCACUGAUGGAAUCACUAUUGCUAGACUGAACAGUGAAACCUUGUUUUAGCUCCCCAAGCUCAGAAUAGAGUAGCACUUCAUGUGUAAGUUGCAUAAUUGUCUCUCACAGUGCAGUUUUCCUGCAUUUAGACACAUAGUGAGUCUCAGUCCUGUUGGUAGGGAGGUUGUCAACAGCCCACUGAAAAAAGACACCACAGGACGCACAAGGCACAAAUAAUUUAAUUAUUCAUAAUGUGGAGCCCUCCUGUUGGCCAAGCUGUACUAGCAGUACACAAAAACACUUUAGAUACAAAUACUGUACUUUAAGAGAAUUUACUUGAACUAAAACCUCAAUGCCUGCACUCUUUGUGAUCACAGUGAUUGUGUUCUUGAUUAGUAACCCAGAACACUUUAACUUGUGGUUGCACAGUUUGAUGUGAAUGAAAUGGAGACUUUUUGAUUUUGGGAUUUUAGUUGAAUGGCUUUCUCAUGAUUUUACACAAAAUGAACUAUUAGGCACCAUUAGUUCACAAAAUUUGUUUACCUUCUUUGACUCACAAUACUUUGUUGUUUAUCAUCUCUUUUAUAAAUUAUUGAUCAUAAUCAUGCUUAUUAUGAGAGUUACAAUCAAAGUUCAAGACGUUUUAACCCAAGACAAAAGGCCAAACUGCUCCAAUAUACUGUAAUAGUGCCUUUGCUGUUCAGUGACAUCAGUCUCUUUAAAUCUGCUGUCAACUUCCUGUUCAGUCCAUUAGCUUGUUUGCCUAAAAUUAAGUGACUGUUUGCUUUUGAAAUAAGAAUAAAAUGCUUAAAAACAUUAUUUUGUCCAAAUUUACCAGAUAUUUACUUUGAGACACCAAAAAUAAUAUAUA